AUGCGGAUCUGGGACCCGUUGACAGGUGACCUUAUCCAGACGCCUAAAUACCAUCCGAUGUGGGUUUUGUCCGUGACCUUCUCGCCAGAUGACCGGGUCCUAGCAUCCGGAUCUCUCGAUAAGAUAGUACGACUCUGGCACCCGGCGACAGGCGCACUCACCCAGACGCUUGAAGGUCAUUUAGGUUCGGUUGUAGCGGUGGCAUUCUCGUCUGAUAGCCGGCUGCUGGCAUCCGGCUCUGACGAUAAGACAGUACGGAUCUGGGACCCGUUAACAGGCGCGCUUAUCCAAAAGCUCGACGGCCACCCAAUGUGGGUUUGGUCAGUAACCUUCUCGCCAGAUGACCGGCUACUGGCGUCGGGCACUGGUGAUUACAUAGUGCGGCUCUGGGACCUGGCAACAGGCGCUCUCACCCAGACGCUUGAGGGUCAUUUAGGCUCGGUUGUGGCGGUGGCCUUCUCGCCUAAAGGCCAGCUGCUUGCGUCCGGCUCCAGUGAUAAAACAGUGCGGCUCUGGGACCUGGCGACAGGCGCACUUAUCCAGACGCUCGAAGGCCAUUCAUUUCCAGUUGAGUCAGUGGCUUUCUCGCCUAACGGCCAACUGCUUGCGUCGGGCUCCUGUGAUAAGACAGUACGGCUCUGGGACCUGGAGACAGGCGUUCUAACCCAGCCAAUUGAAGGCCAUUCAAAGUUAGUCGAGUGGGUGACUUUCUCGCCUAACGGCCGGCUGCUGGCGUCGAGCUCUGGUGAUAAUACAGUACGUCUCUGGAAGCCGGCGACAGGUGCGCUUAUUCAGACACUUGAAGGCCACUCAAGUUGGGCUUCUUCAGGAGCCUUCUCGCCUGAUGGACGGCUAUGGGCGUCAGGCACGAGUGAUGGCACAGUACAACUGUGGGACCUGGUCACGGGUGCGCUUACCCAGAAGCUCAACGGCCACUCAAGUUAUGUUUCAUCAGUGGCCUUCUCGCCCGACGGCCGGCUGUUGGCGUCGAGCUCUGGUGCGCAACCAUGGGACCCGGCGAUAGGCGCGACCACUGGGGCUGACGACAACACAGUGUGGCUCUGGGACCUGGCGACAGGCACACUUAUCCAGACGCUUAAAGGUCAUUUAGGUUCGGUUGUGGCGGUGGCCUUCUCGCCUAAAGGCCAGCUGCUUGCGACCGGCUCCAGUGAUAAAACAGUGCGCCUCUGGGACAUAGCGACAGGCGCGCUUACACGAACUUGGAAUAUUGAGAAAGGAGUCACUGAGCUGGAAUUUUCCUACGACGGUUCCCAUAUCCGUACUAAUUUCGGCCUUCUUGACAUUCAAUCCAGGUUCUUUGGCUUCCUUUAG